UGCGAGACAUUGUGUUGUACCAGGGACUGCACUGAGGGAGAAUCAAGCCUAACUGUUGUCUUCAUGUAAAAGUAGACAACCUGCAGACUGGACGUCGCCAUCAAUCUACUCUUUGUUCCAGUUAUCAUAAUGAGCCUCUCUUGGUAGCCUUCUGCUUGAACCUUGCUUUUUUCUCAGCUAACAGAGCAUUCUCAUUUUACUUUGACCAUACAUACCAACCUCUGGGAUGGAUCGCCUGUGUCCGGGCGAAGGCGUUAGCCGGACACAGGCUUUUGUUGUCAAACUGUAGCCUGGAUUCUGGACCAAAGUGGAUUGUGCUCAACUUACUUCAUGUGAUUAUUUUCUGGAGUUAUUUAUUUGGAUCAGGGAUGGAUGUACCAGAAGCCAGCAAGCAUGGCAAGAAGUCGACAAGUCAAAAGCUGGAGGACCAGAAAAAGAUCUACACAGACUGGGCCAAUCACUACCUGGCCAAGUCUGGCUGUUCGCGUCUCAUCAAGGACCUGAGCCAGGAUGUCACCGAUGGAGUCCUGCUGGCACAGAUCAUCCAGAUCAUAGCGAAUGAGAAGGUGGAGGAUAUCAAUAGCAGCCCCAGGAGCCAGUCGCAAAUGAUUGAGAAUGUGGAUGCCUGCCUCAGUUUCCUGGAUGCCAGAGGAGUGAAUGUACAAGGGCUCUCAGCAGAAGAAAUCAGGAAUGGCAACUUAAAGAGCAUCCUGGGUCUCUUCUUCAUCCUGUCACGCUACAAACAGCAGCAACAGCAACAGCAGCAGUAUUACCAGUCCCUGGUGGAGCUCAGCCAGCAGACCAGCAGCACCGCAUCAUCUGCCAGCAGCCACAAAUCACAAGAGAUGCAAUCCAGUCUCACAGCACGAUAUGCAAGUCCUCCAGGCCACGGUGGAAUAGGUUCACCACAGAAGAAAAACACCAGGUAAUUAUGGAAAAAUAGAUCUUUAAAUGUCUUUAUUUUAUUUGUUAAGCUAAUUAAUAUGUGCAAUUUAGGGUUUUUUCA